GACAGCUACAAUAGUGAUUGAAUACUUGAAUUUCCGGCCCAAUACAUUAAAACAUUUCAAUAUACACUGGUGAUAAAAAUACUUGAAAGGACAGACUGCACCUUUAAAACUUUUGCUUAAUGUAGAUAAGGUUAAAUUAAUCCAAGUUCUCUUUUUAGAAUAAAUAUGGUACUUUGUCUUAAAGGCCAGACAAGAUCUAUUGUGGUGUAUUGUGUUCAUGUUUGUCUUUUGUUCUUUUAUUAUGGGUGAUGGGACUGUUUUUGCAAGUUGAGUGAUGUAUGAUUGAUUUUGUAUGGAAGUAGUCUUAAGAUGAUGAUUUGGUUCUGGGAUAGCUUACAUUUUAUUGGUAACUGGCCACUCCUUUCAUUGCUUCCAAAGUAAUAGGAUCACUUUAAAAUAUUUGUCGUCUCAGUAACUUCUUGAUGGAAAUACUUUAUAUUUAUAUUCAAUUUAGUUAAAUUAGAUUUCUUCUUAAAAGCCUGGUAUGUAUAUAUAAUUUGUGAAAUUAUUUUUAUUGUAAUUUGAAUUGUUGUGUAUUAUUUUGUAUUAUGUAUUUUGUGAAAUGUAUUUGUCUUGUAAAAUAUUUGUUUUGUAAUUUGAUUUCUUAUUGUUGUUUUAUUUUAUUACAGGUUUAUUCUCAUUGAGUGGUUGUCAACCAAAACACCACCACUACAAAUUGGCUCCUCGACAAAAAUAGGAACCAGGCGAGCUGUUUCUGGCUGAGGGGCAACAGUGCUAACCGUGGCAGAGACGACCAGCCCAAGCAGCUGGAUCCGUCCUAACCGCGGCUGUCAGAGCAGCUGUAGAAGACAUUUCCAAGAUAUAAUUGAUAAUAUGUAUACCUCCCUACCCCACCCAUUUUAGAGCUCCCUCGCGCCACAGCUACAGAUGUAUAUAAACUUGAAUUUGUAAAUAGUAAUCAGCUGGAGGAAGUGUAAAUAGACAGUUUAUAUAUGACAAUGUAGGCCAUUCCGAAAUCUCUAUGGUUAGCUCGUGAACGUUUAAUUGGCCUGUCAUGUAGGCAGAUUUUAACAGUCGCAUUUCAGGUUGCAAAAAUUGUAUUUGCAGAAAGACACCGGUUGUACCUGCUACACAAUUGGUUCCAAUCCAGACUUCAAUAUAUAAUAAUCAAAAUCAAGAAGGAAAGACCCAUGCAACAUAGGUGUAUGGAUUUCUUUAAGCUGGAGAAGUCCAAAGGAUGGUAUGAGAACGUAUAGGACACUACCAGAUAUGCCAAAACUAUUCCUUGCCGUAAUCAAAAGGGGCCUACCACUGCCCGUGCCUUAUAUGAACAGUUUAUUGUCCACUAUUCUUUUCCAGAGCAACUGCAUUCUCAGCAGGGGUGGAAUUUUGAAAUAUGAUAACGAGAUCAACAAAGAAAGGCGGUGUCCAAUGAACGCAACCCACACACGAUCCAGCAACAACAGCCAGUGGCAAGAAGCACAUGAGGACCCCAAACAUACACAAAACAUACAUACAUACAUUUUAGGUUAGAAGAACCUAUUGGCAUAGGUGCAAGUAAUGUGACUGUUGAUGACAUGAUUAUGGUUGAUGAACUUACUGAGCUCGAUGAACAAAAAAGUUCAGAGGAAUUUGACAGUGAAUUUGAUGAAGAUAUUAAAAUGAUAUGUGAAACACAGAGUGAAUCACUAAAUCUCCGAACAGACUUGGAUUUAGACGGAAUUUUGACUGGCGUUAAAUGUACGAUUGUGAAAACUCCAAUGCAAUACAAUACCAACUAGAUCCUGACAGAAAUUGAUCAUGCGAAGUACACAGAGUUCUGUAAAAAUGAAUAUGCAAAGUUGUAAUAUUUUGUUGAGAAGUUAGAUGUUGAUCCUUCAAAACCUGCAUCAAGUAAGCUGCAGACUGAAUUUUACACUAAAGUACAUGCUUACCAAGUAAGUGCUGAAAAAUUUAGAAUGAAUUGCCUAACUUUCUUUGAGAGCAUGCAAUGUACUGAAGACCGCCUUCACAUCCAACCAAAUAAGGACAUAUCUUUUGAAAAAGAAAGCUGAAUUGUUUCCUGUAGGAAAAAGACAGAUUUCUGAUAAAAUUCUUACAAAUGCUUCUGAGUCACGUGUAAGGUAUGUAGGUGGCUAUUGUAUAGCUAAAAUAAGAUACAAAUAUAUGCAAAAGAAAAAGAGCUAUAUGUAUAAAGUAGAUGAAACCGGGCAAGCUGUAUAUAAUGAGUCCUUGCAAGCAGUAGAUAUUUUAGAUUCUAUAAAAGUUGAAGAAUACUAUUUAUUAGCUUCCACACCAAAACCAGAGUCCCGAUUAGAUGGUAAUAGAAAGCAGGGACUGAAUAGAUCACUUACCAAUAUACCUGAUGAUCUUUUCCAGUUCUUCCAGAUACUGACUGAAAAAUGUCUACAACUUUUAGUGAAUACUAAUACAUGAAUACAUAUGGAAGCAAUCUGUUUGAGGAAAUAAAAAAUACAAUUUUGGAAAGUCCUGAAUUGUAUAAUGAAUUCUUUAGUGUUGUAGACAAGUGCAGGGCAAUUAAUCAAGACCUUUGUGAAACUUAUGUCCAACAAUCUGACAACAAUGUGGUCAAAAUUAUCUACAAGAAAAUCAUCAAAAUAUACUUAAUGGUUAUGGUGAAUCAAUUUAGAAAAGAUGUCUUAGACUCUUUCAGUAUUGAAAAGAAAAAGUCCAAAGUAAAAUCUAAAGCUAAAAAAGGACCACAAAAUGAUGAUGAAAGGCCUUCCACUUCAAACGACAUUAGCAUACCUAUCAUUGAACCAACAUGUAGUUCAUCAAGGUCAGAAAGGAGACGAAAUUUUUUUUAAAAAACUAGUGAAAUAUCAAGCAGUGAUGAUGAACAUAUAAACAUUGAAAUUCCGCUCGAAGAGCCUAAAGAUCAGGCUGUUAAUUUUGAAAUGUCAGAAAACUCGGAGUCAUAAAAAAAAUUGUUCAUAAAAUUUAUUUUUGUCAAUACUUAUGAUGUUUGGAUGAUGUUUAAGGUUUUUGGGUUGUAGAGGGGGACGGGGGUAUAAUGUGAGACGUUCACCUGUGUACAGGGGCGUAUCACGUAGGGCGUAAGAUCUGACCCCCAAGCGUCUGUGAUCCUAGACAGAUAUAUUUUCAAAUCUAAUUUUGUUUAUUUAUGUUACUCAGAUGGAUAGAACUGCUGGCGUAAAGUUAUUAUAUUACAAAUAAUGAUGUGUCUUGUUAGAGUUCGAUUUUUUUCAUUUUUUGCAUAAGCGAUAAUGGUGAAAAAUUAUUAUAAUCACAUAAGCGGCCAAACAAGGAAAUAAAAUGUUAACAAAUGGAACUCCAUUUAAAAAUUAUAUUAUGAGUGAACUAUCGCGUGUCAUUAUUGUAUUUGGUUAAUAUUAGACAGGGUUUUAGCCAUUUAGCCGACAAUUGCAGAACUUUUGGUGAUGGAGGAUAUAUAUCAGACAUUUAUUUUCUUACAAUGCAAUUAUGAUAAUUUCUAAUUCAACAUGUGUGAAACGUCCGAAGAGACGACGUAUUACGUUAGAACUGUUCUUAUGUAUAAGAAUCUGACAAAAGAGGUAUUAUUUAAAGUGUUCAAACAUUUGAUAAAAAGUGAAGACAUCGAAGGCUUUCUCUUAUCUCCAGAGCAGCAAAAUAAAUUGUCGAGUCUACGGGAAAGGAAAAAACCUGUCAUAGACCAGAAUGAGCAUGAUCUUGUUUCUCAUUCUAAAAUAGAUCUCAAGGAGUUCGAUAUUUCUCUUUUGCUGAAACUUAUACUAAAUUUGUGUAAAGACAAAAUACAACAGGAGGACGAAAGUCUUGGUGUUGAUCUUCUUCGAUUAAGGGAUAUCAGAAAUGAGUUUAUAGGUCAUCGGGCGGAUACCGAAUUGCCAGAGACAGAAUAUGAAAGAACGUGGGCAAAUAUCAAAUCUAUCUUGUUGAGAGUGGUUGAGCUUGUUGACUCGAAGUCUAGUGAUGCCAUUCAGCAAAGAAUUGAUAAAUACGAAACAUUACAUCUUCAAGAAAAGGUCAAUGCUUUCAAAGCUGAAGAAUUGUUUAGACGAUCACAAGAAUUUCAGGCAUAUUACAAAGGAACACUCGAACGAUUUGUACGUUACAUAAAACUUUUGUUCCAUGGAGGGCGUAUCGUGUUGUACGAGAUACUGAAAGCAAAGCUGGGUGAAAGAAAGAUGGAAACGCUGUCCAGAGGAAAUCUUGGAGAUAAAUGUUCCAGUUGCCUCUAUUCAAAAGGGUCUUGUUCAGAUGAUAAAAACUGGGAUGUUUCUCUUCUUGCAGACGUUUUGCUAUUUGAGUAUAAAGAUGACCUUGAAGAUGAAGUGAUUGAGAAUAUCAAGCGCAUACAAAGGUUAAGGGAAAAUUAUGCCACCCUUGCGUCGCAGUCUUUAGAUAAUGAUGAAUAUAUUAGCAAUUGGACUGAUCUCACCUUGUCUCUUAAUACUCUAUCAGAAAAAAUUCCCAAAGGCGACAAACAACAGAUUAAAAAUCUUAUCGAAUAUUAUAAGAAAAAAGGCAAAGAAGGAUCUGGCGCUAAUGACUACAUUAAACAGCUAAGAAAAUUUGGUGUUGAAGACGAAGUCUACAAUGAAACUCUUACGGAAUUGAGAGAUAUGCUGAACCAGUUGAGCCAAGAAGGUAUUAAGUUUCAACAAGAACAUGUUUUCAAGUUUAUAUUGCUGACAACAUGUGAAAAUGAAGGGAAAAAAAAGAUAGCAAACGACUUACUCAAAAAAUACCUGCAAGCUUCACUGCAACAGUCAGAUGAACCGUCAGGUCAUUUAAGGAAUAUAUUAGACAACCUUAUUGCUGGCCUGUCCGCAGGUCCGGAUGUGACACCGGUUCAAGUAAACCUAAAAGGAAAUAAUCAGCCUUUGGAAAAAGUUUGCAAAUCCUGAAUUAUUGCUAACUCAACAACCCUCUUAAACGCUGUUUUAAUAGAAAAUGUUAAAUCAAACAAUAAAUUUGGAUGGACAAAGACCAUGAUUAGACAUUAAUAGGAAGAUGGCCAAAUAAUUUAACGCUGGGAGUGCCUCCAAUGGAGAUACUCAUUCUUCAGUGGGGUUUUACAUACAUUUUUCACGUUAUCUAUAAAAUAUUAUUUAUUGCCAUUCAUCAUUUAUACCUUUAAAGUUUGUUUUUGUUUGUUUGAUUUUGUUUUACGUCACACCGACACAUUAUAGGUCAUUUGGCGACGUUCCAGCUUUACUGAUGGAGGAAGACCUCAGGUGCCCUUUCGUGCAUUAUUUCAAGCACAAACGGGCACCUGAGUAGAACAACCGACGUACACUUUAAGUAAAUCUAUUUCUGAAAUAAGAAUACAUUCUCAAUGACUCUCCAUGACAAGGAACAAGUAAUAAUAAAUGCCGGUUUCUUUUUGCCGCAGCGGAUUUUGGCAAAUUAAACCCCUAUUUGUACGUGCUUUCAAAAAAUGUAAACUAUCUUUAAUUGUUAUAUUCAUCAAAAGGUUCAAAAGUUAAUAUGUUUUGUUUUUCUAUCUUUACUACUUUUUAUGCAAUGCAUUUAAAGUUUGCAUUUGCCAUGGCAAAGUGUGUUUUGCCAAUUUCGCCAUGGAAAUGUCAAAAAUUUGCCAUGGUAAAAUAUUUUCAAUAAAAAAUGUAUGGAAAUGUAAGAUUUUUCUGUCUUUGAAGAAAGUUUCAUUAAUUUAUACAUGACAGAAGACAUAUUAAAAAAGAG